CGGGCCCGCCGCUGCCCCGCGCGCACCGACGCCCCGCGCCCCGGGGCCCCGCGCCAGCAGCGAGCCGGGCGUGUGCGCGGCGCCCCCCGCGGCAUGGCAGCCUCAGGGGUGCGGCGAGGAUGCGACGUCCUCAUCAUCUACAGCCCAGAUGCUGAGGAAUGGUGCCAGUACCUUCAGGACCUCUUCCUGUCCAGUCGGCAGAUGCGGAGCCAGAGGACGCAGACUUACAGGCUGGACCCUGAGGUCUCCUUCUCGGCCCAGGACUUCACCUUCUUCCUGAGCGCGCGCUGCAUCCUGGUGCUGCUCUCUGCCGAGCUGGUGCAGCAGUUGUGCCGGCCGGCCGUGCUGCCGCUGCUGCAGAGAGCCUUCCACCCUCCCCAGCGCAUCGUGCGGCUGCACUGUGGUGUGCCCGACAGUGAGCAGUUCCUGGACUUUUUCCCAGACUGGGCCCACUGGCAGGAGCUCAGCAGCGAGGACGAGCCUGAGACGUACGUGGCGGCUGUGAAGAAGGCCAUUUCGGAAGACUCUGGCUGCGACUCGGUCACGGACACUGAGCCCGAGGACGAGAAGGCCCUUCCCUGCACGAAGCAGCAGCAGAGCCGGCCACAGGAGACGCCCUCUGGGAGCCUGAUGGUGGUGCAGCCGGGCCGCAUUCGCUGUGGGGCUGAAACCACGGUCUACAUCAUCGUGAAAUGCCAGCUGGACCAGAGGGUGACAACGGAAGCCGAGUUUUUGCCAGAGGAUGCUCCAUCAGUCAGGGUGGAAGCUAAGCUGGAGAAUGAGUAUACCGUCUCCGUGAAGGCACCCAACCUUCCAUCGGGGAAAGUUUCUCUGAAGAUCUAUUCUGGGGACUUGAUGGUGUGUGAAGCUAGUGUCAGCUAUUAUACUGACAUGGAAGAAAUUGGGAAUUUAUUGUCCAGUGCUGCAAACCCUGUAGAGUUCAUGUGUCAGGCCUUUAAAAUUGUGCCCUACAACACAGAUACCCUUGAUAAAUUGCUCACUGAGUCCCUGAAGAACAACAUCCCUGCGAGUGGACUGCACCUCUUUGGCAUCAACCAGCUAGAAGAAGAAGAUAUGAUGACAAAUCAGAGGGAUGAAGAACUGCCCACCUUGUUGCACUUCUCUGCAAAGUACGGGCUGAAGAACCUCACGGCCUUGCUGCUUACCUGUCCGGGAGCUCUGCAGGCCUACAGUGUGGCCAACAAGCACGGCCACUAUCCCAACAACAUCGCUGAGAAACACGGCUUCCGGGACCUGCGGCAGUUCAUCGAUGAGUAUGUGGAAACUGUGGACAUGUUGAAGAGUCACAUAAGAGAGGAACUGAUGCAAGGGGAGGAGACGGACGCUGUGUACGAGUCCAUGGCCCAUCUUUCCACAGACCUGCUCAUGAAAUGCUCGCUCAACCCCGGCUGUGACGAGGAGCUGUACGAGUCGAUGGCUGCCUUCGCCCCGGCUUCCACUGAGGACCUCUAUGUUGAAAUGCUUCAGGCCACUACAUCCAACCCAAUCCCUGGGGAUGGUUUCUCUCGGACCACUAAGGACUCUAUGAUCCGCAAGUUUUUAGAAGGCAACAGUGUGGAGAGGGAGCAGCGCUUUCCGAGCCGGGAGAGAGAUGCUUGUCACCCGCUGGACGAGGAGGCGGCCUUUCCUGUGGACCUGGCCAGCAGGCCCCCCGUCCCUGUGCCCAGGCCCGAGGCAGGAGCUCUGGCUGCUCCCCAGCUCCAGGACAACGAGCCGUACAUUUCCAAAGUUUUUGCAGAAAAGGCAAAUCAAGAACGGCCUGGGAACUUCUACGUUUCCUCAGAGAGCUUCCGGAAAGAGCCUCCCGUCAGACCCUGGAGAGACAGGCCCCAGUCAAGCAUAUACGACCCUUUUGCUGGGAUGAAAACGCCGGGCCAGCGGCAGCUUAUUACCCUGCAGGAGCAGGUGAAGUUGGGCAUCGUGAAUGUGGAUGAGGCUGUGCUCCACUUCAAGGAGUGGCAGCUCAACCAGAAGAAGCGGUCGGAGUCCUUUCGCUUCCAGCAGGAAAAUCUUAAGCGGCUAAGAGAUAGUAUCACCCGAAGACAAAGAGAGAAGCAAAAAUCAGGAAAGCAGGCAGACUUGGAGAUCACAGUCCCAAUCCGGCACUCCCAGCUCCUGCCCGGGAAAGUGGAGUACGGAGUCUAUGAGAGCGGUCCCAGGAAGAGCAUCUUGCCCCCCAGGACGGAGCUGAGACGUGGAGACUGGAAGACAGACAGCACCUCCAGCACCGCAAGCAGUGCGAGUAACAGAUCUAGCACGCGGAGCCUUCUCAGUGUGAGCAGUGGGAUGGAGGGGGACAAUGAGGAUAAUGAAAUCCCUGAAGUUACCAGAAGCCGAAGUCCAGGCCCUCCUCAAGUGGAUGCAGUGCCCAGCGUGCCCCUGGAGAGGCCCCCCAGGGUGCCUCCACGAGCGGCCUCCCAGAGACCCCUGACCAGAGAAACCUUCCAUCCUCCUCCCCCUGUUCCACCCAGAGGUCGCUGAUUCCAUCUCCUUUCACCUGCCUAAUUCAGGACUUGCACUUGUCAGCCUCUUGAUGAUGUCUUCAUGUUGAGUUUUAUGGCGUGAUUGCUGACCUUAAGAUCCACUUUCACUGCUGAUAUUCUUUCAGCCCUGCUGGUUUGGGCUUUUCUCAAAGAAGACAUUAUUAUAACAGAAAGAAAUGAAAAAUGACGGACUUUAUUCACCAGUGCCAACUAUUUUUAUCUAUCUUCUUGUUUUGCCAAAAGGAUGAAGACGUAAUUAGAAUACUUACCUCUACUUUGGCAUGUCAGAGCCUGAAAAGAUUCAUCAGAAAUAUACUUUACCAGUGAUUUUACUGAAAUGCACUUGUGUUAGACCUUUUGUUAUUUGCUACUUCAAUCUGGUUUCUAGAAGUGGUUAUGAUCUAAGACUUAACAGUAUCCAAGUGAAAAGAUGUGUCUUGUUUUUAAGUGUUUUCAGAUUUUCUGUAAAUUCAGGGUUUUUAAAAAAAUGUUGGUCACAUAUGACAAACUCAAAAGCACUUUUCAGAAGCUUGGGGUAUCAGGGGCCAUAUAUAUUGUUGUGUGGUCAUUAGAGGUCAUAAUUCUGACAUUAAAACCAGAAGAGGAUCCUUGAUCCUUCAUCUUCCUACAAUCAGAGGGUGAAAGAAGAAACUAAAAUAGAAAGUUAUAUAUUUCUUUUUAUGCCUAUUAUUACCACUAGACUUGAGAAGCCUAUUUAGGCAGAAAAUGUAUAGCCCUUACUUUCCCCCACUUCCCUGUACUUUCAGAA